GUGAGCCGUUAUGAAAAGCAGCUAGAUGAGACAAAAAUCCACUGUGAGAAAGAACAAGAGGAUAUGAGGAAGAAGUGCACUGAAGAGAUGCAUGUCAUGGAAAAGCAAAUAACUGGCCUUAAAAAUCAAAUUGCAGAGCUUCAAGGAGAGGCAGCAGUGCUCAGAGAACAGCAAGAAAAGCUCAACUGUAAAUACAAGGAUGAGAAAAACAAAUUACAAAUGCGUUUCGAUGAGGAAAAAGCCAAUCUGCAAGAACUAUUGAGGCAGGAGCACGAAGAAGACGUUAGAGCCAGACUAGACAAGGUAAACGAGAAGUUUAGCCAAGAACGGGAAGAACUGAUUCAAAAUGGUGUCUGGGUGGAAGAAAAGAUGAGAGUUUUAGUGCAGACACUGCAGGAAGAGAAGGGAGAGCUGGAACGUGGCUUUCAUGAGCAGCUGAAAAGGAUGGUGGAGAUGCAUGCCCUGGAGAAGGAAGAGCUCCAACAAGAGCUGCUGAGGAAGCACGAGCAGGACCUGGAGGAGGAAAGGAAAAAAAUGGAAAGUGACUAUAACAGAAGAGCAUCUCAUGCAGAAACUCAGUUUUCUGUCGACACACAAACACUUGUGAGUAAAUAUGAAGAAACAAUCCAAAAUCUUGAGGGACGUUACCAGCGAGAAUUGCAUGAACUUGCCGAACAGCAAAGAGAGGAGAAAUCUCAGUGGGAGUUUGAAAAGGAUGAAAUUGCUCAAGAGGUUGCUGAAGCUCACGAGCAACUGAAGGAAAGUCUGGCAAAUGAAAAGGCCGUUUCUUGUGCCCUGACCCAGGAGAAAGAUCUCCUGGAGAAAAACUUCAAGGAAGAAGUCAACAAGCUUGUGUGUGAGAGAGAGCAGCUUCAGAAGGAGCUGCGAGACCUGAGGAAUGCUGCGGAGAAGCAAGAGAAAAAGCUGAAUGAUAAAAUAACGCAACUCCAAAAUGACCACAAAAAAGAGCUAAAGACCAAAGAAGAGCGUAUAUCCGUGGUAGAGGAAAAUGGGAAGCUGGUUAGGCAAAAGCUGGAGAGGCUUGACAGUGAAUAUAAGCAAGAGAAAGAAGACCUCAAUUCCAAACUUCUUGCUUUGGAGAGUUUAAACAAAGACAUUUGUAUAAGAGCAGAAACAGAGAAGGCCGAGAUGAGUUUGGAAAUCUCAAACCUUCAAGGGAAAAUACAGACACUGCAGUGGGAGACCCAUAGUUUUUCCGCGCUACAAAAUCACUAUAGGGUCCUGGAAAAUGAGUAUGCAAAAGCAAAGAGCAAAAUUGCUUCUUGCUCUGGUAUGGCACCUCUGGGAGAGGAUGCGGAUGUCCUCUUCCAUCUGCAGAAAGUGCACGAGCAAGCUGUGAAGGAAAAUGUCCGAAUGGCUGCUGAGAUUGUCUGGCUGCAGCACAGGUUGCAAGCUGUGGAGCGGGAGCCGGCGCGACCUCCCAGUCCUGGCUGCUCCGACUCCGGCUCAGAACCAUCUCAGCCGCCAGAUGAAGCGGAUCCCAUUUUUGAAGGGUUGCCCAGCGAUGGUAAAGAUGCAGACAAGGGAACAGGUUCGAAUGGUCUUCUGGUUUUGGAGGCUGAUACUACAGACCUGGAAGAAAUGACCGAUGUUGAUUCAGAUUUGGAGAAAGCGUGUGUGAAAGCCAGAGCAGGCGGCCGUGGGCUGGAGGUGCAGGUGUGUCAGACGCCAGGAAGUAAAGCAGCACUGGAAGCCGAUGGCAGUCAGGAUUGUGACAAGAAUCAAGAGCUGCUUCCUCGGGGACCUCUGCUGCAAAAAAGGAGAGAGCUUGAGAAAACUCUUGAGAGAGUAGCCAGACCAAAAAUGCUACGCAAUGAUAUUAAACAGCAGAAGGUUCAGCUGCUAAAUCACAGAAUAACUUCCCAAAAUAAAGGAUUUGUUUCUGAUGCUUUGAAGCUGCAGGUUGAGCUUGAGAAGGCUGAAGAACUGAGUGAAGCCUCUCUCCAGCUUGAUCAUGCUCCUGGGUCAACAAAUGGUGACCUGAAAAGCGUAAUAGCUCAGCUUUGGAAAAGGGUUGAAGAGUUAGAAGACAGAUCAAUGGCACAGGCUAAACUUCUGUCACUACAAGAAGAAAUUCAAGUAGAAAAUGAGGAUCUGAAAUCUGAAAUGAUAGAGCUAGUUGAAAAAAAUAAAGUGCUAGAAGACAACCUGCGUAAGCUGAGAAGCCUUCAUUGCAAACUAGAAGAAGGUAAACUGGAAAGUAUUAAGCUCAGAGAGGACAACACACAGUUCCUCCAAAAAGUUAAAGAAUUGGAAGAUGUCCAAGAACAAGAUGCACAAGGAAACCCAGAUGCACGCAGUGACAAGGUAAGACCACGAUGCCAGCCUGGGAAGCCGGAAGAACACGCCGGUGCAUUUACAGGUCAGCAAGACAAGCAUGCCCAAAGCGACAGCACGGUGGAAAAGAGGGAGCUGCAAGAGCCUGACAGAAAGCUGAAGGAGAAAGUUGCUGCUCUGGUUAACCCAAACGCCACGCGUUGCCACAAAGAGAGAGAGGAGAGGAAUACAGUGACGCACUGCUUGCAAAGCACGUGCACCGAGCUGCAGCAAAAAGUUGGUCUUCUGAGAUGUGAAGCCGAGAAGCUCAGAGAAGAAAAUGCUAUUCUGAAAAAUGAAGUGACUUUAUUAAAUGAGGAAGGUAGUGCUUCCAGCCUGAAACUGAGGGAGCUAAAUGGAUCCCGAGAAGAAAUGCGGCAAAAGAUAGAGGCUGUGAGAAAGGAGAAAGUGGCUGUACAGAAGAUGGUUGACAACCUGAAAAAACAGGUAGCAGAUCUGAAGACCAGAAACCAGCAGCUGGACUCUGAAAAUACAGAACUGAGCCAGAGGAACUCCAAAAAUCAAGCAGAUGUGCAGGAUCUUAAUCAACAGCUGGCAAGGGUGCUCAAGCAAAAGGAAAGGGAAGCAGGAAAAUGUACCCUGGAGGAAUGGGAAAAGGAGAGACUGGUGCUGAAAGAGGAACUGGAAAACUCCCAAGUAAAGUCAUCAAAUAUGGUGUCUUCCUUGGAGAUGGAGCUGUCAGAAAUGAAGGUUCAAGCUCAUGUAUUGGAGCAGGAGAACCACAUCCUCAAGCAGGAACUCGAGAAGACAAAACAGCUGCCCAGAUGUCCUGAUCUCUCUGACCUUCAAAAUGAAGUAUCAAGCUUAAUUACUAAAAAUGAAAAGCUACAGAAAGAAAAGGAAGCCCUGAGUGAGGAAUUAAACAGAUGUAUUGAUAAGGUAGCUAAAGUAAGCUGCUUAGAGAAUGCAAUUGGUAGCUUGAAGCAGGAACAGAAGUCCUGGGAACAGCAGAGUCAGACACUGAAAACACAGCUCACAAUUUCACAAGAAAAGGUUCAGAGCCUAGAUGAAACGCUGCAAAAUACCAACCUUCAAAUGUCCCGACUAAAAUCGGACUUACGGGUGACGCAACAGGAGAGGGAAACUCUUAAACAAGAAGUGGUGUCUUUACACAAGCAGCUGCAGAAUGCCAAUGAAAAGAAUCGGGUUCUAGAACUGGCUGUGCCUUCCUCAGGGCUGCAGGACCAACAGAGGCAACUACACUGGGAUGAACUGGACCAGUUGACGAAACAGGAGCAGCAGCUGCUCCGGCAGGAGAAUGAGAGACUGCAGAGAGAAGUCCAGAGCAGUAAGACCGACCUGACUCACGCCAGGGAGAAGAUCCGACAGCUGGAAUCUACUAUCCUUUCCCUAAAGCACCAAAAGCAUCAAAGCCAGUCAGGUAUCGUCAAAGCUAUAGAGCAAGAAAAAUUAAGCUUGAAGAGAGAGUGCGAACAGCUUCAGAAGGAGUUGUCAUCCGCGAACAGGAAGAUCAGUCAGAUGAAUUCUCUUGAACGGGAACUGGAAACCAGCUCAGAAAAUGAAGGGCUAAGAAAAAAGCAAGUCAAACUGGAUGAUCAGUUAAUGGAGAUGCUCCACUCAAGCGCCAGUGUGAUGCUUAGCCAACCACCGCACUCCCGGGAGCUCCUGCAGCAAGGCUGUGCCAUGGUGCCCAAGGAACAGUUCCUGCAGCUCCAACACCAGCUACUACAAGCAGAGAGGAGGAGUCAGCGUCUUCAGGAAGAACUUGAAAGCAGACCCUCUGAAACAAAUAUGCAACAGGAGGGUCAUGAGCAGCUUCUAAAAAUGAUGGAAGAACGAAUGAUGGAUGUUGAACAGAAACUAAGGCUUGUGAAGAGGCUUCUCCAAGAUAAAGUAAAUCAGCUGAAAGAACAACUUUCCAAGAACACUAAAGCAGAUGCAAUGGUCAAGGAUCUCUAUGUUGAGAAUGCACAACUGCUGAAGGCUUUGGAGAUGACAGAACAGCGGCAGAAAACUGCUGAAAGGAAAAACUAUUUACUAGAAGAAAAAAUUGCCAACCUCAAUAGAAUAGUAAAGAACCUGGCAUCCCCAUCACUUAAUUCAGCAUCUGAGAUAAGGUCAUAG